AUGACACCAGCGGUGCUUCCAGCCGCCUCGCCGACAACGAGCUCUGCGCAGGACUUGCCGUCUUCCACUUCAUGCGUGCCGCGUCCUGUGCCGGUGGUCGAACUCAGCCCGCUGAUCUUGCGUGUGCUCCUGUGGUGGGCUGGCCGUCCUCAGCUGCCGUCGCGGCGGAGCGGGCACGCUGCCAAGGUCGAACGACAGAAUACCUACAGCAACCCCAUCAAUCGCCAGAGCGUGGGCGACAGGUCGACGAGCGAGUUAUGUGCUGACAGUCGCGCCACUUUGCACUCGUCGCCCAGGGACAACGGUGACAGCGGCAAUCUGCCACCACAGCAGCAGGACGAUGCCAUGAGUGCGCAGCAGCUGCGGCUGCGCAUCGCCGACAUCUUCGCCCUGCUGUGCCGCCGCGACGGUGGGGUGGCUGUGUCCGACGCGCUCCUGUACGGUCGUUGCCACGAUGCCUCCGAGCUUGCGGCGCAGCGCUGCCACCUUGUGUUCAGCGGCUUCUCCGAUGCACGCUGGAGGGCGGCGACGGCACUGGCCCUGACUUCACCCAAAACCUUCGUUACCGCCGUGGAGCUGGCGGUGAUCGAGACCUCUGCCUCAUCUGAUGCUGAACACGGCGGUGCAAGUGUGCGCAGUGGUACGUACAACGUGAGCCAAGUGCUGUGCGCGCUGGUGGACCUGCACACAUCUGCCACUCGACGCUCUCAGCCGAAACCGUCUCCGCACCUCACAACAGACACGAACCUGGAGUCCGACGUGAUUGCGACAGGUGUGCUGCUCCGCGCUCUGCUCCGCUGCCCACCACUCCACAAGAGACUCGUGCGACUGUUUAGUGGCGACGCGCGCGCAAGAGAACCGCGACGCCAUAGGCGAGGGGCCUCAGCUGUCGCAGUGACGCCGCUGCCUGCGGCGUCCGUGAAGUCCCCAGAAGAGGUUGAACCGGGGUCGUCCUCGACUGUAGUCUUGAAAGCGGCGGACACUUGCAGAGAGCUCGAUAUCUUCUUGCCCGCCCUCACUCACGCAUCACCGAUCGUGUCGGCCGAGUCGUGGCAAACGUUGACGAUGCUGCUGUUUCCCUCCUCGACUGCCACCGUCAGCUCUGCAAUGCGACGACUGCUGCUGUUGACGCCGGCGUGCCCGGUGCAGCGCCUCCUUGCAGCCGCGUUGACACUCCCUGGAGACGACAAUGACGCCACACGUGCGAGUAGGCCAUCGACGCCGCAGCCCGCCUUGCUCUCGUCUUCCCAUCCUAUGGCACGCAACAACGCACUGCGACUCCUCCACGUACUGUGCUCCUCGAGCGAUCUGCCGCCGGGCCUCCAGUCGCUCUUUCAACAGUGCCCCGCGCUACUGUGGCGGGUGCUGCGCCUGGCCGCUGCGGUCUGCAAAGGAGUAGCCGUUGCCCAUGCCGCGCUGGUGCGGCGCGUCCUUGUCGACUACAUCAUGCUAUGUGCUCCACAGUCUAGCUGUAGUGGAAGCGGCGGUGUCGACCUGCGCAACGACUCCAGCGUCUCCACCCAGGUGCUUCUGCGCGAAAACAAGGAUGCUGUCGCCCGCUUCUUGGCGUCGACGUACGCAGCGUGGGGUGGUGGUGUCAGAGUGCCGGAGGACAGUGGGGGUGACUUGGCUGGCGCCGCCGCUCCUGCAGCCUCGGAGAAUGCCUACGACGAGGGACACCUAAUGACGGUCCUGAACACGCUGUGA